AUGGACCCGGGGCCCCCAUUUUCUCGCCCCCGUUGGUCCGUCCGGCCGGCGGCUGCCCCACACCCACGCGCACCCCACGCGCACCACACACGCACCACACCACCCACGCGCAUCUCUGUCAAUCCUAGUAUUAAACCAGAUUCGAUCCGUCCCAUGGCCGAGCAAUUAUUUACCAGGAUCCCCGAGCUGAGGGUGAUUAUCUGCCGGAAAUGUCAGUUUGGUGUCCGGCCGAGCAAGGUCCAGCGCCAUGUAAAGCAGCAUCAUUUUAAAUCACACACCGAGGCGGUGCAGAUUGCCACCACGGUGUCCCAGUGGGAUAAUAUUAAGCAGGAUCCGAAUAAGAUCCAGAUCCCCACGCGAUUGGACCAUCCAUUGCCCGUGAUCCCAUGUGCGCACAGUGGAAUGCUAUGCCAGCGAGAUUAUCCCACAUUUGGUCCCCCCGGUCGUCGCGGGCGGGCUCGCAAAGCCGACCAGAUUCGUGCAGCAGCAGAGAUCCAGCGAUUAUUUAAGCCCGUGUCAUGGCAGCAGAUAUUCCCCGGCGGGAUGGGUUCCCAUUAUAUUUAUAUUCGAUUUCCCAACCAGACCACCAACGAGCCAGCCACUGCCAUGGACAUGGAGGACAUCCAGCACGCUGUCCAGGAGCUGGAGAAUGCAUGGAAAGAGGCGCAGUCCACGCAGAGUACAAUUCAGGUAUCUGAUAUUACCGACGCCAACCCCUGGCUGCGCAUGACCAGGUGGUCCGAGUAUUUGGAAGGAAUCGCACCAAAGGAUCUAGCCGACAGCGUGGCGCCGCCCGAGGAAGAGCCCACAGAUCCCGUGGAGCAGGGCGUGCGCCACAUUUGGGCCGCCAUGGAGCAGGUCGUGCGCAAGAGCCAGCGCGUGGUCCAGCACAGCGGCCAGGCAAUCUGCAUUGAAGCCAUCCGAUCCGAAAAGGGUCAAACACCAUAUCGACCGUUGCAGGCCAUUUAUCGCGCGCACCCAGGCGCCACACGGAUGGACGAGUCCCCGUACGGGAUGACAGCACGGCAGCGCAAGAAAUGGCGGCAGUUAUGGCACCUCGCCACUACCCACCGGGAUAUUCCCGGCGAGCCGCAGGACGACGACGCAGCGUGGCGCAUGACCCCGAUCGAAGGCGCGUGUUUGGAGUUCUGCAUCGAGUUGCUAAACCAAAAGCAGCGUAGCCACGAGUACGAGAGCGUGCUUGUGGCGCGCUUUAUAAUCGUCCAGAAAGCGCUUUGGUUGGAUCCGAAUCCCGAGGAGAUUAUCGCGGUGUGGCAGAAGAAGAGUAACUGCGCGCAGUGGGUGCUUGCCAGCGCCGACGACGAGCUGGAGGAUAUUUAUUCGGACGAGGGAUAUUACAGUCAACAGGAGCAAGGUAUCCCAUCGUCGCCACCCACAUCGCCCAUUACCAGCAGUAAUCCCCAACCGAUAGUGAAUAUCCGCCGGCAGAAUCGCGGGAAAACAUUCCAGGAGCACGUGGAGUGGAUGGUGCAGCGGUUUAUGGUGCGUGGCACCCACAGCCCAAUACAAACAUUGCAGGAUUGGCGCACGUACGGGUUAAAGAUCCAUUAUAAUACCACGGCGCCCGGGCACAUUACAUGGAACUAUGGCGACGAGCUCGGAUACAAGCAUAUCACAUUUACCAUGGGCGAUUUCCGCGGAUUUGUCCAUGGAUUGGUCGGGGCCACGCGCCAGAUAUUCGCGAGAAGACAUUCCCAGUAUUCCAUGGCACGCGAUCUACGACGACCCCAUGCAGGCCACGGUGGGAUGGAAUUUUUGCGGGAUCAGCGCACGCAAUGGCCGGUGGGGCCCAAGUGGAUGAUCGGCCGGUUGCGGGCCGAGCCGGCCGUGCAGAAGGAGUUUACUGUCCGGCGCCAAGCCCGACGGCUGCACAUGCCGAAGGUAGCGCAGUAUCUGGAGCGCGUGGCGCGAUUUAAGGAGAAAUUAGCAGUGAUUGUUUAUGUGGUAUCCGGCCAGCCGGCUCGCGCACCCGAGUUAUUAAGUAUUCAACAUGUGAAUACCGUGGCGAAUCGACAGCGCAAUAUCUAUAUCGAGGACGGGAUGGUGGCGUUGGUGACGGCGUACCACAAGGGGUUUUACGCGAGUAACGAUAUAAAGAUUAUUCAUCGAUUUGUGCCACGGGAGGGCACCACAGCGCAGGGCACGCACGCAGCGCAGGGCACCACGGCGCAGGGCACGCACGCAGUGCAGGGCAUGCAGAGAAUACAUGCAGCACAGGGCACUACCACAGCGCAAAGCACCACCACAGCGCAGGGCACCACGGCGCAUGGCACGCACGCAACGCAGGGCACCACCACGGUGCAAAGCACCACCACGGCGCAGGGCACGCACGCAGCGCAGGGCAUGCAGAGAAUACAUGCAGCACAGGGCACUACCACAGCGCAAAGCACCACCACAGCGCAAAGCACCACCACAGCGCAAAGCACCACCACAGCGCAAAGCACCACCACAGCGCAGGGCACCACGGUGCAUGGCAUACACGCAACGCAGGGCACGCACGCAACGCAGGGCACGCAUGCAACGCAGGGUACUACCACAGCGCAGAGCACCACGGCGCAUGGCACGCACGCAACGCAGAUUUGCGAUAAUGCGUUUUAUGGGGCCCCGACCCCGACCCGGUUAAAAGAAGCUAUUAAUAUCCAGUGGUAUCGGGAUAUCGCCAUUGGGAUUAGCCGACGAUUUUUGCGACCCACUGCCGCGUUUGCCAGCAACAUGCAGGAGGAGAGAGACUUGGCACAGGCCGUGCUAAACGCCGACACCGAGGAGGGCGGCGCAUUCAUCCCAAUUGGCGGGUGGAGUGUACGGCCGUGGUAUUAUGGAGCAGCCCGGGACCACGGCGCAUCGCCGCGCAAUGUUUCGGCUCUCCAGCACCGAUUGGCACCGGUUUUGGGGUUUGCAUCCGCCGCGGAGCCCAGCCCGUUGGGGAAGCGCAAGAGACCACCAUGGGAGGACGAAGCCGAGGAGGGCCGAGUGGUCCGACGUCACCGGUUAAAUAUCGCAGAUAUGCGCACCACGUUGCAGCACAUGACCGGGCAGGAGGAUAUCCAGUUCCGGGGCGUCCAAGCACCGGCGUUGCGCGCCAUUCAGGACGGCCAGAGCCCGGUGCCCAGUGGUACUACCAUUGUGGUCGUGCCAUUAAUAUCAUUGCGGAACGAUAUGGUGCGGCGCUGUUGCGAGCUAGGUAUAUCCUGCAUUGAAUGGGAUAGUCGACGGCCACCAGACGAAGCGACAAUUGUACUGGUCACACCGGAAUCCGCGGUGCAGGAGGAUUUUCAAACAUUUAUUAACCGGUUGCAGCAAACACACCGGUUAGACCGGAUCGUGAUCGACGAAUGCCAUGUGAUAUUGAACGACCAAACAGAUUUCCGACCCGAGUUGCGACAGCUGGGGCGGUUAAACCACGCGCGAACCCAGAUGGUGUUAUUAACUGCCACGUUGCCGCCGCGGUUAGAGGCGAAGUUAUUCCGGCGCAUGGAGUAUUCCCGCGAGCAAGUCUAUAUAUUUCGGGACCGCACAAGCCGUCCCAACGUGGCGUAUCGCGUGUGGCGGCCCGAGCUGGGUCGGCGUUCCAUGCAGUGGUUUACCAGCGAGCCGGUGCUCGCGUUUAUCCGCGAGCGAAUCCAGCGCGCAAAGGAUGGCAAGGUGGUGGUAUACGGCCAUGUGGUCCGUCAGGUAGUGGAGAUUGCACGCGAGUUAGCAUGCGAGGCGUACUACAGCAAGCAGGUCGACAAGCCAUCUAUAUUACAGCGAUUUACCCGGGGCGAGACACGAGUGAUCACCGCCACCAGCGCGUUGGGCAUGGGUGUGGAUAUCCCCGAUAUCCGCAGUAUUAUCCAUAUUAGAACACCGCGGUCGUUGUUGGAGUACGGGCAGGAAAGUGGGCGAGCCGGACGGGAUGGCCAGCGCAGCGAGGCGAUUAUUAUCCAGCCCGAGGGCUGGGACGAGCCCAUGCCGGAGACGCCAGAGGCCGUGGCGGAUCGCGAGUUGGUGGACGAGUAUCUCGGGGUGGCGCCCGGGGUGGGAUGUCGACGGUUUGUAUUAGACGCGUACAUGGACGAAACAGUGAAUGGCUAUACGCGCCGAUACUGUCAGGAUAUUGAUUCCACGGAGGCACUAUGUGAUGGCUGUGACGCCGAUUGGCUCGCGCAGGAGUCGGUUUGCAUGUCCCCGGACAGAUAUUCCCCGGACACCCGCAUGGACGAUCUCGCCCGCACGACAAGCCCACCACGCGAGAUUAGCGCUACGGGCAGUCCCCAUUCCCAUGGUAGUGGCGAAUUAUUUCCAUUAUCGUAUAUUAUACCGCAGAGCACGCAGAAUAUCGCGCCAAAUCCCACACGCCGGUCCCAAUCCCAUGACAGUACAGAAUUAUUUGAAACUCAAGUAAUAUCGCAUGUUAUACCGCAGAGCACGCAAAAUAUCGCCCCCAAUCCCACGCCCACGGUUAGUAUCGCCGAACGCCAGCGCCAACGUGUGCAAGACCAGCGCCAUGCAGCGCCCCAUAUUCAACACCAGGCGCAAGAUGCUCGGCAGUGGUUGGACGAGGAAACCAUUGAGCAGGAGAUAGCGCCGUGGCAGAAAAAGUGCUAUAUUUGCACUAUUGCGGGUCGGGAACGGAAUGAACACGAGUUAUACUUUUGCCGUGGGCCCAAAAGCGAUAAAGCCAAGGCAUGGGUUAAUCUGGUUCGCCAGCAUAAGAUUCCAUUCGCCAGAUAUACCGCUUGUUACCGCUGUUAUCUGCCGCAGACAAUCUGUCGACGAUGGGAGGUACUAGAUGGCCAUCCAACACAAACCGAGUGUGUAUAUAAGGAUAUAUUGGUCCCCAUGACGGCUGUAAUACUGUACGGCCCGUGGGAGGAGCAGAUCCAGCCACUAUAG